AUUAUUUAUUAUAAUCAAAGAUUUAUAUUAUAUUAUUAUUCAUUAUUUAGUGAUUAUUUCAUAUUUUCAUUUUCAUGUUUUAUGUUACAAAAUUAAUAAUAAAUGGUCCCAUUAUUGGCCAUAUUAUUAUCUCACGAAAAGUAUAAUGCAUUAAUGAAUUACAAAAAAUAUUAAAUUGACAUGAUAAAUAUUAAAGAAUUAACAGAUCUACAAAAUUUCUAAAUAUAAAACAAUUUUUAACAAGUAAAAUACUAAUACAUACAAUAUUAAUUUAACUUUAAUAACUGUGAUCUAGUUUAACUUGAAUAUAACAAAAUUUAAAAUAUAUUUAAAAUGGCUUCAAAAAAGUCUUUGAAUUUAGCAAAAGCGAAAGAUGAAUUAGUCGAUGGUGUAUACAUCAGACCAUCUAAGAAAAAAAUAAUGACAUCGCAAAUUGUCACUAAUGAUGAGUUAACAAACUUGAUUCAAGAACGUUUGGCUAAUCGGCGUACUGGUGAACGUACGGAAUUUGCUAAUCAAUUAGCUAGAAAAUUAAUUAAAAAAUUACAUGAUCAAGAUGUAAAGCUUCGAAAAACUAAUGGUAAAAAAAGAGGUGGAUUGGUUACUCAAAUUAUAGAUGAAAAAAGUGGUCACUUAAAUAUGAAAAAAGUUAAAAAAGAAGUUCUUCCUGGAUCUGAUUUAAUUGAUGAUUUUGUUGCAGAUAAUACUCCACCUCCUAAGCGUGAUCCACCAAAGAUGACUUGUAAAGAAAUGGCGAUGACAAUUAUAAAUUGCAAAAAAGUGUUGGAAGACAAAACAGCAUUAGAUAAAAAAGUUGCUAAUAAGUUUACGUGUGCACUCAAGUCAAGAUUAGCUUAUAAAUUAAAAAAAAAACCAAAUACUUCAAGUAAAUAAUUUAUUAUAUUGUUUUUAUAUGCCUGUCUUAUUGUUUAAUCUGUUCAUAAAGUUGUAUACAUUGAGAUUUAGGAAUAUUUAUUUGCAUGUAAAUUUAUUAGUGAUAGGCAACGAUAUAAUUUUGUGUAUUGAUAUCGUUCUGAUUUUUCCGUUAUUUAUCACAAUAUCGUAUCUAAAAUAUAGAAAAUACAAAUUUUAAAUUUUACCUACUUAGUACUUAUUAAAAUCAAUAGUUAAAAAUAUAAAUAUUGAAUAAAAAAUGUUGCUUUACCUAGUUAAUUGAAGAUAAGAAAAAAUAACUAGUUCCUGAUAUAUAAAACAAUAUCGAUAUCGAAAAUUUGUCACGAUAUCGAUAUUAUUGUAUCGAAAUAUUGUUGCCCAUCACUAAAAUGUAUUAUAAAAUGGCAACCAUUGUCCACCAUUAAGGUUGUUACAAUACUGUAAACGUAAACAACCCCUAGAAAUUAAAAUUUCCCUGGUUGAGCUUCUUUGGAGUUGCAAAUCAUUUUCUAGAAAAGUGUGCAUAGGUGAAACUAUAGGUCAUGCCUUGACCUGACCUAAUACUGAAUAGAUAACAUACUGAAUAAAUAGGAUUUAAAAUUAAAAUUAAAUAUUUAUUUUGUAAUUAGAAUUUUUUCAUUUUUAUUGUUUGGCCUGUUCUAAUAAAAUUUUCUAGAUUCUCUUAUGAAAGCGUGAGUUUUAUUUAACAUACCAAAUUUGAUACUGAUUUUAGUUACCCAAUUACAACACUGCUCUAAGGUAAAAAUGAUAGUGGGUGUAGGAAAAUCAUUAGUUUACUAAGAAGUGUAUAUAUAUUUUUAAUUAUAUCGUAACUAAAUAUCAAAUAAUUUUCAACAAUAUUAUUAUUAUCAUUAUAAUCUAACUACACUUUAUUUACUACAUUUAGUAAUUAAUACUGAUUUGUAUGUACGUUUUAUUUUUUUUUGGUAAAAUCAAAUUGAUUAAUUUUUAAUUUUUAAAUUCGUUCCUUAUGAGUUAUGACCAUAAUUACUAUAUUAAUUAAUGUAUAAAUUACCAACUUGUGAAUUUAUUUAUUUAAAUUAUUUUUUCAAUAAUAUUGCAUACAAAUUAAUAGUAGAAGAAAAAAAUAUUUUGUAACUGUAUAAUAUAGUAUGUAAAUAAUAAAUAUACAGUAAAACUUUGAUAAGACAAAAACCCCAGUAAUACGGUAAUUUUCUUUGGGUCCCGAUUCAAAUACAUAAUCAAUGUGAACCCUGUCAAGUUGGAAACUCCGUUAAGACGGAAAAAUCGGACGAUCCCAAGGGAUUCCGACUUAUCAAAGUUUUAAUGUAUAUAUAUAUAUAUUUUUUUUUUAAUUAGGUUAAUAUUUAUAUUUCCAAUUUUUUGUGUUCAAAAAUAAAUAAUAUUUUGUGUAUUUAACAUUAUAAAAUAAGUUUUUUAAUA